GCCGCGCUCCCUCUGCCCACCCCGGCCCACAGCCGGGCAGACAGACCCUCCGCCGCCCCCGCCUCCCCGCCGCGCUCCCUCUGCCCACCCCGGCCCACAGCCGGGCAGACAGACCCUCCGCCGCCGCCGGCUUCCCGCCGCUUCCCGCCGCCAGGGCAGCCGCUCCACAAAGGAGCGCGGCAGCGGCAGCGCAGCGGCAGCGGGGAUCGCCCACGCCCGGCCGCUCCGUCCGGAUGCGGUGAGCCCCCGCUCGCCUCCGGGGCCGCGGCCGUGCGGGAGGGAAGAAGCGGAGCGGCGGCGGCUCUCCGGCUGCCACCAUGGGCUGCUGCACGGGGCGCUGCACGCUGAUCUUCCUCUGCUCGCUGCAGCUGCUGGCAGCAUUAGAGAGACAAAUCUUUGACUUCCUGGGUUUCCAGUGGGCUCCUAUCCUUGGAAAUUUCCUACAAAUAAUAGUUGUCAUUUUGGGUUUGUUUGGAACCAUCCAGUUUAGACCUCGAUAUAUAGUUGUGUACACGGUGUGGACUGCCCUGUGGGUCACCUGGAAUGUUUUCAUUAUCUGCUUCUAUUUGGAAGUAGGGGGGCUCUCAAAGGAAACAGACCUCAUGACCUUCAACAUCUCGAUGCACCGCUCGUGGUGGCGGGAGCACGGGCCCGGCUGCAUCCGAAGGGUGGUGCGUCCUUCUUCCCCUGGCAUCCUGGAGGAUUACUCCUAUGUCUCUGUGACAGGCUGCAUCAUUGAUUUCCAGUACCUGGAGGUCAUCCACAGUGCUAUCCAAAUACUCCUCUCUCUGAUUGGAUUUGUGUAUGCCUGCUAUGUGAUCAGUAUUUUCAUGGAGGAGGAGGACAGCUGUCGAAGUAAGUAAUGAACAUGGACUCAAGACUUCUGCUGCUGUAGCUGAAGAAACAGAUUUUAGAAAAGAAGACCAACCUUGUGACUCAUUGUUCUGGAAGAAACCCACCACAUCUGUUCCUCACAGCAUGUGGAUUGUUCUUCCCACAGGCUCAGUGUCAUUAUCAGCGUUGUUAUUUCGUAGAUCCUUGUAGAUGAUCUUGAAUUUUUAAAUAAUUUACUUAUAUGGACACUUGUAAAUUGUAAAAUCUUUUCUUUUUUAAUUUCAAUAUUUUUACAAUGUUUAGUGUUGAGGCAUGAAAACAAAACAACCUGUGAAAAGUAGGAGGAGGGUGGGUCUUUCUCAAAAAAUCAGUAUUUUUUGACUGAGAGGAUAAUACUGUGCUUGGUCAAGAUUGUGUCGGUAAUUUUGACUCCAAAACAUGCAGCAGGAGUCAAACCCUAACAGUGUUCAAGAGAUCAUUUCAAUGCUGUCUUUAGAAUUCACAAUGUCCACUCCUUGCACUGUUUGAAGUGCAGAAUGCAGUAGGGAUUGGUCUGUGACUCUUCUUAACCAAGCACUAAUGCACUGACCCUAAUUAUUGCAAUUCAUAUGUGACUCCUCCUUUCCUAAUCUCUUUUGCCCCAAGUCCAUCUUGAGUAGCUGUCUCUGAUUUGAAGAGAAGUAGGACAACUGCUUAAUGGAUGUCCAUCUCUAGGAACCCUUACACCCAGGGCUGUUUAGAUGUCUGUGAUUUGCACAUUUUUAAACUCCUUUCCUCCCUUCUCCCAGGAAGAAGCCAAGCAUGAAUGUACAGUACAAGGCACCAACUGAAGCCUUAGAAGCCUCUGGGGACUAAUUUUUCUCUUAAUUUAAAAGUAAACAAGCAAAACUGAAAAAUGUGUGUAAAAAUUUGUAAAGUUAUUUGUAAAUACUUCUAGACAAAGAACAUGUAUGUACUGUGGUAUUUUGUUUUCUAUUCUGUCACCACUAGCAUAAAGUGAUACACAAAGCU